GCAUGUCAAGGCUGGCAACACACUCGGCAAGGGGGCGGCCCUGGAGAGGGGCGGCUUGAUCACCCAAUCACCCAGCGUCGGGGAUCCACAGGAUCCAGGGGCGCGCUCCACGGAAGGGGUUCCUUCCUUCUACCACCUCUGAGAUCACCAACCCUACGGGAGCUCCCGCCUCUUUUCCAGCCCCCGGAGGACCGCCCGAGAGCCCGGGUCCCUGUGUACAAGACUGAGGUGGAACAAAUUCUGUAGCCCAGACGACGGCUGGUGUGGGGACACACCCAGCCCGAGAAGCCUGCCGGAGCUCCUGAGUCUCGGAGGAUCUAAGUCGGAGUGUCGCCUUCCCUAGGGGUGGCGAAAGCUCCAGAAACCACUUACAGAAAAAGAUGCCUGCCUUCAACAGAUUGCUCCCCCUAGCAUCUCUCAUGCUCGUCUACUGGGUCAGAGUCUGCUUCCCUGUGUGUGUGGAAGUACCCUCGGAGACGGAAGCCGUGCAGGGCAAUCCCAUGAAGCUGCGCUGCAUCUCCUGCAUGAAGAGGGAGGAGGUGGAGGCCACCACUGUGGUGGAAUGGUUCUACAGGCCUGAGGGCGGUAAAGAUUUCCUUAUAUACGAGUAUCGCAAUGGCCACCAGGAGGUGGAGAGCCCCUUCCAAGGUCGUCUGCAGUGGAACGGAAGCAAAGACCUGCAAGACGUGUCCAUCACUGUGCUCAAUGUCACGCUGAACGACUCUGGCCUCUACACAUGCAACGUGUCCAGGGAGUUUGAAUUUGAGGCACACAGGCCCUUCGUGAAGACCACGAGACUAAUACCCUUGAGAGUCACUGAAGAGGCGGGAGAAGACUUCACCUCCGUGGUCUCAGAAAUCAUGAUGUACAUCCUCCUGGUCUUCCUCACCUUGUGGCUGUUCAUUGAGAUGAUCUACUGCUACAGAAAGGUCUCCAAGGCUGAAGAGGCAGCCCAGGAAAACGCGUCUGACUACCUUGCUAUUCCUUCAGAGAACAAGGAGAACUCUGUGGUGCCGGUGGAGGAAUAAUGCGGUGUGACUUGAGGUGAUCUGAGCACUGAGGGAGUUGGAUAUUCCCAGUUCAGUGAUGUCAGCAGCAUCAGCAAGGUGCCCCAAGAAUCCCAAGCAUCCGUCUUUCUAUUCAUCAACCACCCACCCCAACUGUGAGAUUUUAUCUGACUUCCAAGCUCUAUUGGAACUCUACACAUCUUGAAUGAACUGAAGAGCCAACAUCUUUACAUGAACUAAACCUCGCUCUGUUCUUGCUUUCAAGCAAGCAUCUCCCAACUCAACUAAAGUUGUCCCUUAUGCUCCAAAUGACUUUAGACAAGUACUGGAGAGUAGUGUUUCCUCUGCCCUGUCUGCCAUUGGGUCGUUCUCCACUGCUACAAAAAGAAUGGAUAUACACCAGAAGGAAGCACCGAUUAGUUUGGGUUAAAGCCAAAGCAUGUCAUACACUUAGGUUCACUGACAUCUGUUAUUCUUAAGUCCAUGGCCUGCUUCUCGGAGCACCAGAAAGCAGCAUCCUCCUCCAAGGUUUCUGGAAACAUCUUCUAUGUGGACUGGUAUGCUUUCUGGAGCUUAGCGUUUCAGGGCUAGAUCUCCAUAAUCCCAAAGGCCUGGAGCAAACCCGGAACUUCCAAGAGGCCAAGGAAGGAUCCAGGGCAAUUUCAUUAGACCUUGAAAGUGAACAACAUGCUCCUGAUAUUGGAAACAUGGAUGUGUGUCCUUUCUGGAUUGAAAUUGCUCGGCUGUUCCCUUCUUAGUGUCUGUGAAUCAGUAUUAUUCCUCAUUUUACAGGCGGCAGCUGAGACUCACACAGCGAUGAACAGAAGCUUUAGGGGAUUAAAGAUUUCAAUGCUACUUUCCCUGAGAUGGAAGAUGUUUUUGAAGACCCUGACACUCAGCUUGACUAUAGCCAUGCCAGUUGCCCAGCAGAGGCUAACGAUCACAGGUUCCAGGAACUGCAAGCCAGGGAAGAGAACACAGAAGGCAUGAGACAGACCUGCAGAAUUUCGCAUGAACAUGAAGCAUCCUUCAGAAGACACAGCACCUGAGGAUGAUAUCUAUACAGAUGAAAAAUGUCUUAGCCUGACAUGGAAGAUGAACAAAAUGACAAAGAUAGGUGUGUAGCUUCUAAAUACCUCACCUGUAGAUCUGUAAUGUCUGGUAUUUGAUGUUUGUGUGCCCCCCGCCCCACCCAGGAGAGCAUAGAAAAAGUGAGAUCUUAGUCAGCAUCUCAUUAUCUCGUUUUAAUGACUGUUCUAAGUGCAAUAUUCUUUAGCCUAUACAGAUAGCAAAGGCAGGAGGCCUUAUGGGAUAUAAAAUGACAGGAGUGGGAUUCAAGAAGAGAAAUGUCCCUCAGAUCUGGGGAGAUCUAUAAGAAAGACCAUUCUCCACUCCCACGGGGAUUUGUAUGACAAGCUCGUUCUCACCCUUCCCAUAACUGGGGCAUACUUGAAACAAGACCCUCAUCAUAUAUGAAAAGAGUAAUUUUGUUGGAGAAAAUAUUUGCAAUAAAUUCAAGACCCUUCUUCUCAUCGGCUACUUUUCCACCCCAUGCUUCUGAAAUAAAAGAGACAACAAAACACUUUUCAUACUUUACAACUAGAGAAAUCGACUUGAAUUAAUGCAGCAUUUACCCAGCCAUGGGCUGGUUGGUCCAGACCUUGUGGUGGUAGCAAGCUACUCCUUUCAUCCUACUGUCUGCACGACUAUGCAGCUAACCCUUGACGAGGUGGUGUGUGUGCCUUUUCCUCUUUAUUUAAAUACUUCCUAAACAGAAUUCCAACCUAGAUAUCAGAAUUCAUAACGAAGCUGAAUGGCACCAAUCAUAUGUCCCUUACAAGACAGUUUCUCUUUCCUGUUCCCUUCUCUAAAAUGGCAAUUUUUCUCAUCCUUAGUACCUGCUUUCUUACACCUGGAGGGCUUGCGAAGCAUCCUUUUCUCUCCUCCACAACCACUCCAGUGGUAUAAAUGUUGUUGCUGCUCCGUGUUACAAUGAAGAAACAGAGCUUACUAAAUCAUCAGGUCACCUAGCCUACUGUACUCAGAGCUAGGGUCCUAGUCCUCCCUCACCCACCUCACUUGGCUUCCCAAUUACACCAUCACUGCUUCUUGUCUUUCCCUCCCUCACUCCUGUCCAGCCCUUUCUUCUCUCCAUUGUCCUCUAAGCUUCCUACUCUUCAGCUUCUUUACUCCUGCCUUCUUGAUGGAUGCUAGACACAUGCUUUGGGAGUCCAUCCCAUUCUAUCGUUGUCUAGUUUGUUUACAUGGUGGUUUACCCAGAAUCACAAUUGAACUUCCUUCUGGAAGAUCAUGAUGGUAACCUAUAAGGUAUGGCACUCUCCAGCCUACUUCAAAUCAUCACCAUCUUCAUUUCUUUCCAUAUUUCAACUCAGAAUACCAGACUAGACAUGUGCGGCACUGGAGUGUUGUCUGGUGUGCUAUCGCUUACCAAAGGGCUUAGAAGAGCUCUCAAGGGCUAUAAUCAUCUAGAAACCCCAUUGUUUGUCUUGGUGCUGGGUAUUUCCUGUGACUGAUCCUCAAUCAUUUACUGAAGGUCACGCUAGGCUGAGUCUGGUUUUCCCUUUCUUGCUACUUAACAGCUGUGAAUUUGACUACUCAACUCAGCUGUGCAGAAGGCAUCUUGUCCUAUGACUUUUACUGUCUGCUAGAUCUUAAAUCAAACCCCAGUCCUCGAGAGGAAAUACCCAGUGCUUGCUCCUGUCUCAGGCUUCACUUUCAGUCCAUUUGACAGCAUUGUUCUUUGGUCUCUCUACCCUUAAAUAAGCAUAUGUGUGAGCUUUCUUUUGAAUGUCUGGGGUCACUCUAGACAUCCACUAGAAUUGUUAGUGGAAGACUGCGGUGGGGUUAAGGAAAAGAAUAGGGCUGAGGAGAGAGCUCACUAGGUGAUGUGCUUGCCACACAGUCAUGAGAACCUGGGUGCUGUCAGGCAUCAUGGUACAGUACACUCUGGUGCUCCCUGUGCCAGGGAGGAAGAGACUGGAAGGUCUCUGGGCCUUGCUAACCAAGUCACCUGGCCUGACUAACUUGUUGAGCUCCAGGCAAGUGUCUCAAAAACCAAAAACCCAACAAGGUGGACAAUGCCUGAGGAAUGACACCCAAGGGUGACUUCUGGCCUCCACAUGUGCAUGCCCACAAGUUAAGGCCCAUAUGUGAACAUGCAUAAAUGUGAACACACACACACACGAGGUCAGCUCCAGUGGUGCACUCUUGGAAGCAGGAGGAUCAGAAGUUCAAGGCUAGUUCAGCUGCAUAUCAGCAUAGUGGAAGGCUAACUUGGGCUACAUGAGACCCUGUCUCAAAAAAAAAAAAAAAAACAACAAAAAACAAUAGUUCACCCUCUCCACAUCACACUGCGACCACAUAUCAAAACAUAAAGUAUGAACCGAGCACAGUGAUACAUGCCUUUUUCAGAAUCUGUGAAUCUGCUGGGCACAAACCACAGGGAAAUGUUUGGGAUGACACUUUUGCAGGGAUAGGGAAGAGCUAGAUACACCUCAGAUGUAUCAUCAGUCUUUUCCCAGUUUCACAAGGAAACAAAGUGAGGUACACACACACACACACACACACACACACACACACACACACACCUUCCUCUCAUUUCUGUUUUGUAAAUGAGAAAGCCCCAGUUCUGGGAAUUCACCCAGUCACUGCAAAUGUAUCUAAAUAUGACUUUGGUGUGCUUGCACAGCAAUCUGAUCAUCUAUUGGCUACAUUAAUACACUCUGUGUCGAAUACUAGGUUCAGCUCUCAAUAGAACCCAGGAUCUUAGGUCUGUAAAAGUGUAUGUGUGUGUGUGUACACACUUGUGCAUAGGCCCACAAUUCCAGUAAACUCUGUUCAUGUCAAUAAAGUGUCUCUGAAGACCACACGCUCCGGGUUUGCUCUGCUCACAACGUGCGUCUGCGGCCUACUCUGCCUCCCACCUAGCAUGCAAUCUGCCCCACUUCCUGCACAGAGGAGACUAACCCUAGAAAAUGAAAAGUACUCCAAAGUCUCGAGCUAACCAUGCUGGAUGUGGGAUCCGGCCUUUCGGGGCUUCCUGUCCUCAGCACAAAGAGAAAUGUGCACUCUUGUCUGGCAUCACACAUUCCCUAACCAGGUGGGGAGAUGCUGACUGCAAGGCAGAUCUAAUGUAGGGAAGACUCGGGGGGCUUCCUGUUUAGGGAGGAGCAUCAAGGCAACGCUGUCUUCCAGUACCUGGCUUCCUAAAAGGGGCGAGAGCCCCUAAAGAGAAAAGCAUAACAAGAAAGUGUGAGGAUUCAGUCCAGCAAAAUCGGUUGUGGGGUUUUGUUUAAGGGGAGGCAAAGGUUUCUCUGUGUAAUCCUGGCUGUCCUGGAACUUGCUCUAUAUACCAGGCUAGCCUCAAACUCAGAAAUCCACCUGCCUUUCAAGCGCUGGGAUUAAAGGUAUGCACCACCACACCCAGUUCCACCACAACUCUCAGAAUGAUACUGGUUAAGACUAAAAAACAGGGCUGGAGAGAUGGCUUAGUGGUCAAAGGUGCUUGUGGCUCUUCAGGAGGUCCCCAGUUUAGUUCUCAGUACCCAUGUCAGGUGGCUGACAACCACCUGUAAGUCCAGCUCCUGGAGAUCUGAUACCCUCUUUUGUCCUCUGAAAGCACCUGUAUUCACAAGCACACACAGACAUGAACAUAUAUACAGAAUUAAAAAUCAAUCUUUUUAAAAUAUGUAAAGACUAAAAUUAUUGUAGUACAAUUCCAGCUCUCAUACUAAGUGACAUACAUGCACUUCUUUAUAAAAGACAUUAUCCCUAAACACUGAGGAUUGAAAUGAUAGAUGGGACUCAUGGCCACACUAAUGGUUAAGAGUGACCACAUGAGUGUGUGCUCAGGUAGGACAGUUAAAAUUCUCCUCUUCCAAGGCUCUUGGAACACUGAAGGGGUAGAACAAGUGUAGGAUGCAGAGGAUAGAAAUGAGUGCUGUCUGAUCAUUGAUCAUGACGACACAGCAGUUGUUUAAGGCCUAAGCAGGACUGGGCCACUCGUUCUAUCGUGAAUGGGAUAGGAGCUCAUGAGGUCCUACCCCUUUCUGAGGGUCUCCUGAGGAGAGAGGGGAGUUUUCCUCAGUGGUGUAACCCCUAACAAGUUGCUCUGGCUCCAGCAAGCAGCCCCCCUUCUUGUGCUUAUAUAAACAACCUAAUUAAACCCAGUGAGUUACAAAAAUACACGAAGGUAGGAGAGGAAACAAGCAUGGGUAGGAGGGAGAU